ACCUCUCAGUUGCCGUAGACAUAGCUACGCGCAUGCGUCCUUGCGCCUCUAUUGGGGCAGCAAUGGCGGCCUCCUUCGCAGUGUGCAGGCUACAUAUGAGGGGAAGGGGAAUUCUGGUGAAGGGUCUACAGAAGGUCGAUACGUGUCUUCACAGGAAUAUUGGAACAAACGUUGUUGCUGCGCAAAGUGCAGCUCUUCGGAAAGACGAAACUGAUGAAAAGGAGGGGUGCAAAUCGUUGUAUGCUGUCCAGGCAGAGAGACAAGAACAGGCAGAGAGAUCUGUUCUCAUCAGCUGCCACUCCAGAACCAAUGAGAAGAAGUUCCUUAAGCAUUUAUCAAAACAUGGAGAUAUAAAGAAAUACUUCUUUUAUGAAAGCUAUGGCAUGUAUGCUGUAGUGGAAUUUGCCAACCGGGAAAGUGUUGCUUCAUUACUUGAAGAGGCAGUCAUCCCCAGCGUUAACCAUGAAUCCAUGGUUCCUUUUAAAUCGAGACUGCUGUCACUGAAGAACCUCGGCUCAGCUGACUCAACAAACCAGCAGUCAGGCCAUCAGUGCCAACCGCAAGCCACUAUUCCCAUCAACGAGCUCAUACAGAGACUGUCCAGAGAGGAAAGUAUAGACCAACAGAUAACCUUCCUGACAGAAGCCUAUCAGCUAACAGAGGAGAACAGCCGACUGCGUUUCCUUGUCUGCUCUCUGCUCAAGGACAUUGCUGCUGCUUAUUUCCCAGAAUGCAACAUCAAGCCGUUUGGCUCAUCAGUGAACGGCUUUGGAAAACUGGGCAGUGACCUGGACAUGUUUCUGGACCUCGAUGGCAUCAGUGGGAGAAACACAAAGAUGCCAAAAUCAGGUUUGUCUCUGGAGUACCAGAUGAAGAGGGCCAACUCCGAGCGGGCUGUCACCCAGAGCACCCUGUCAGUCAUUGGGGAGUGUGUGGACCAGUUUGGACCUGGGUGUGUAGGGGUGCAGAAGAUUCUCAACGCACGAUGCCCCUUGGUCCGUUUCGCCCACCAGCCCUCUGGUUUUCAGUGUGACCUCACAGCCAAUAACAGGGUGGCCAUGAAGAGCACAGAGCUACUGUACCUGUACGGAGUGCUGGACCCGCGCGUGCGUUUCCUGGUGUUCACUGUGCGCUGUUGGGCUCGAGCCCAUGGCAUCACCAGCGGCAUUCCCGGGGCCUGGAUCACCAACUUCUCCCUCACUGUCAUGGUGCUCUUCUUCCUGCAGAGGAGGAGCCCUCCCAUUAUCCCUACCUUGGACCACCUCAGAGACCUUGCAGGUCCUGCGGACAAGAGCGUGAUUGAGGGGAAUGACUGCACGUUUGUCAGCGACAUCAGCAAGAUCCAGCUCCAGAGCAACACAGAAACACUAGAGAAACUGCUGUGUGAAUUUUUUGAGUUCUACGCCACUUUUGCGUUCAACAAGAUGUCCAUAUCUAUCAGAAAGGGCAAAGAGCAGAACAAGCCGGAGGUAGCCCCACUGCACAUCCAGAACCCGUUUGAAACCUCUCUGAACGUCAGCAAGAACGUCAACGCCACACAGCUAGAGCGCUUUGUGGCUUUGUGUCAGGAGAGCUCCUGGCUGCUCCAGCAGAGUGAAACCAACACACCCGGAAGUGGAAAUAAAGGCAACACUCCCACACCUUGGGGACUGGCUACCCUCCUCCUGCCCUCCCAGGUUGCAGGGAUCAAAAGUCGCAAGAAAAGAAGACGGGAGCCGGCCAGUGAGAGGAUCAAGAGCUUGCUGGAAUCCUUGAAGAAUAACAAUCAGCAAAAGAAAAGCUAAGACGCUUAGGAGAUCUCAGAACUCAACUCCAUCCUCUUACCAUUACUUUAACUCAUUCAUUGUUGGACACCUACUGGUGUUAAUGUCUUGAUACUCUCUGAGGUGGUGUUGAGUUCUUUGCAGUGGAAUAUAUAUGCUGGACUCUAAUUCCAAACAUGGACACUGGAGGGUGUUACUGAGGCCUCUAUGUGCAUAUGUUUGGGACCUGGGAUAAGGGAGUGAUUACUGGGUACUUUAAUGUAGACUUAACCUAGUCUGUUGUAAUUAAAGCCAGUAUUAUGGAAACUCAUGUAGGAGCUAAGACUGUAGAUUCACAGGUUCACAGGUUAUUCAAAAUCUGUUAUUAUUUUCACUGAUACGCAACAUAAUCUGAAACACACGUCAGACAAAAUCACUGGAGGUUGGCCUAUAGAUAUCAUUUUUGUAUUAAUUUUAAAUUAGCCCACAGAUGGAAUAAUAAGCUUUUAUUGCAAACUGAAAAACUGGGUUUGCUUAUUACGGCGCUUGAAAACUGACAGAAAGCAGUAAAUGGGUAUCAGAUGCAUCAGAAUUAUAACUGAAUACAGGACUCUACAGUAACUUUUAAAAGUAAAUGCCAGGCUCUCAACCAAGUAUUAGCUUUUGGUUGCUGAAACUAAAAAUCGGGUUGCCAUUUUGUGUCAGCUUAUAUUUUGAGUAAUUAAGCUAUUAUGCAGUCAUACCAGAUCAUCUUAAUAAUGAAAAUGUGACAUAAAAGAAUGUUUAAAAGCUUUAUUACAGUAACCAAACAAAAAUCUAGCUUGUGUGUUAUCUGAUAGUGUUAUCAGUAAACAUGUCCACCUUCCUGGUAUACAAAAUGUCAGCAUUCGUGAUGUUGACUGGUUAGUUGAACUUUUCAACCCACAGUCAAACAACUUAAUUUACUUCACCAUUGUCUUGUAAAACAGAUACCUGUGCGCACACACACUGGUAAAUAAAUGCACCACCUUUGAUUCAUGUUCUGACUGUAACAGCAAUUUAAAAUAUCACUAAUGCAUCAUUAUUAAGAAAUUAUUUGUUUUGCGGUGCACGUUUUGCUGUUUGCUGACCCUAUUCUUUAUAUGUUUAAAAAGUUACCAGUGGCAACCACUUUUUUUUGGCAUGUUAGCUUUCCUGAAAACACUGUUAGCUACGCACACCAAGCACCAGCCUUUUGACCUAUAGCUACCCAGCUGAAGCUGACUUUCAUCAUAAAUCUAGACUAGAGCAAGUAAAACCUAAACUACAGUAACAUGACUUUAUGUAGGUACACAUUGCAUUAUAGAAAUUAUUAUGGAAUUUAGAUUCAGCUAGGUGCAGUAGCUAAUUGGAAAGGCUGGUUCUCGGUGUGUUUAGCUAGCCACACAGUUGUUUGUAGCUCCAUUGACUAGUCUGAUGCAUUUGUGUUUCUUGGGUAAACUACCAAAAACCCAGCUGGGACUCCCUGCCAGUCAGUUAAAACUGAAGUAGCUGAUGAGAGGCGAAACAUCUUUAGUAUGUUCAACCAAGUCCAGUUGCUCUUGAUAUAACCUUCCUUUCAUAACUAUGACCUGGAUAACUGACAACCUUCACAUACUUAUUACCAAAAACACAGUAAACUUAAGUAGUUAAAAAGUAAAAUGAGGUAGUGACAGAUAAAUAGAAGGGUAAAAUUUAAUCAGCUUAAAAAGGAAAACAAAUUUCUUUUUUUACCAACUAAUUGGUAAAGGAAAAGUAUGAAGCUUUAUAUUUCUUUUUACACAUCAUUUAAACUAUUUAACUAAUAGUAUUGUUAGAGUGUAUUCACUUAUGUUUUUGAUUUGUCUGAUAACCUUUUAAUACCCGCUGUCCCUUUUCGGGGUGCUAGGGGCUUUUUAAAUGAAACAGUACAAAGAACACUCACACUCACUUUCUCAAAUGGUACAUCUGGAUUAAAGUUUUUUGAAGCGAAUGGACUAAAACAGUGA